UGUCAUGGCUUCCUGACCAAGUGGACAUUUAGCCCUGUUACGGGAUCAAACUAUUGGAGAAAUAUAACAUUUAUCUGAUAACCUGAGCAGAAAUAGGGGUUUUAAGAAUAGAUUUGUCUUUUGCUGAGAUAAUUCGUCAUGGCGGGGACCAGCACGGCUCAGAAAACAUGGGAGCUAUCUAACAGCAUGCAGGAAGUUCAGAGCAUAGACGAAAUCUACAAAUAUGACAAAAAGCAACAACAAGAAAUCCUCGCUGCUAAGCCAUGGACAAAAGAUCAUCACUAUUUCAAGUACUGCAAGAUCUCAGCCCUGGCCCUGUUGAAGAUGGUGAUGCACGCCAGGUCCGGGGGAAACCUGGAGGUGAUGGGCCUCAUGCUGGGGAAGGUGGACGGUGAAACCAUGAUCAUCAUGGACAGCUUUGCCCUGCCCGUGGAGGGCACGGAGACUCGAGUCAACGCCCAGGCUGCGGCGUAUGAAUACAUGGCCGCCUACAUUGAAAACGCCAAACAGGUUGGCCGGCUAGAGAAUGCGAUUGGCUGGUACCACAGUCACCCUGGCUACGGCUGCUGGCUGUCUGGCAUAGAUGUCAGCACUCAGAUGCUCAACCAGCAGUUUCAGGAGCCUUUUGUGGCCGUUGUGAUCGACCCCACUCGGACUAUUUCAGCAGGGAAAGUCAACCUUGGCGCCUUCAGAACCUACCCAAAGGGCUACAAACCUCCUGAUGAGGGACCCUCGGAAUACCAAACAAUCCCCUUGAACAAGAUUGAAGACUUUGGUGUUCACUGUAAACAGUAUUACGCCUUGGAGGUAACUUACUUUAAGUCCUCCCUUGACAGAAAGCUUCUGGAACUCCUUUGGAACAAAUAUUGGGUCAAUACUUUAAGUUCCUCAAGUCUCCUCACGAACUCGGACUACACCACAGGCCAGGUGUUCGACUUGUCGGAGAAGCUGGAGCAGUCGGAGGCCCAGCUGGGACGAGGCAGCUUCAUGCUCGGGUUGGACACACAUGACAGGAAGUCUGAGGACAAACUGGCCAAAGCAACGCGAGAUAGCUGCAAGACGACCAUAGAGGCAAUUCAUGGCCUGAUGUCCCAAGUCAUCAAGGACAAACUCUUCAAUCAAAUCAACACAUCCGGCAAUUAAAACCUGAACUACGAGCUGAUUUGGAUUUUACCUGGAAGUGUUUUCUUGUGCAUGUCUCGCACUUAUUGGUUUAUGUUUAACUUCUAAGGGUUCGGGGGUUUUGGGUUGUUUUUUUUCAAUUUGUUUAUUGUGUCCUAGAAGUAGUUAAAAAUAAAAAAUAAAAAUUA